CCCCGAUUGGUCGGUUACGAAGCGCGCCGUUGCCGAGAGGACGGCCUGUGGUCUUGGGGUGUGGACCCCGAGUGUAUCAGUGAUCCCAAAUACACGGGAACGAUAGCGGGUAUCGACAUCGGCGUCAUACUGCCCAUCAUUAUAGUGAUUAUACUAGUGAUCGGGUGUUUCGUGUACUUCCGACGUAAUGGAAAGGAGCACUACACUCGAGAGCCCCUGUGCCGAAUUUGUAUGAAACCCAUAGACAAC